CAGGCAGAUAGCAGGAAAAGAAAGUAUCAGCACCGUCCCUCAGCUACCACGCAAGAAACACACGCACGCACACGUACUGGCGACCGGACAAAAUGCCCCUGCUGCCGCUGGCGAGGAUCCUGCUGACAGCAUCGCUGUGGACAUCAGGUUUGAGCCAGAUCCUGCAACAAGAAACCGUCAGGGUUCUUUACCCUAAGAUCCUCAGCACCGAGGCUAUUGAUUGUGACUGCUUUAACAUCUCCUGCGAGUCCGUCUACUGGUUCCGCAUUAUUUCUAGGCACAGCAAAGUACAGUUCAUAGGCAGGUGCAACAACGCUAACCGUGCUUCCUACGGGGCCGAUGUGGAAAGAGCACGGUUCAUACUGAACAAGAAAAACAGUAUGUCCUUCACGCUACGCAUCAUCAACGUGACAGAAGAGGACACAGGGAUUUAUUCUUGUGUUCUUCGGGACAGGAAAAACACAGAUAUGUGGAAGCCUGGGUUUCUUCUUCGGCCUGGAGUGAUCCCUCCAACAUUACCUCCCAAGACAAAACCCAAACCGCCGGUCAAGACGGUCUGUCGCUGCCCUAAGAAGAGACCUUCGCAGAAUGGCUGCGGCUCCCUGAUUCUGUGGCCACUGGUCGGACUCAUUGCGGCCCUGGCUCUAGCUCUCAUCUGCACGCUGUACUACUUCAGCCAGCUACCCAAAAAAUGUCGGCAUCGCUUUGUGAAGAAGAGGUAGAUGACCAAAAGCUCUGCUUCUACAGCUUAUGCCUGACUCAGAUGGCUGAAGUUCCUCACUUGAGCCGACAUCCAGCGGACUAUAAAGGACAUCUUCACCCUGAAGAUUUACUCUGCCAACAGCAUGUCAUGUUUAUUUACAGGGAGAUUAUUGUGAUAUAUUCACUGUUUCUGUUACAUGUAUUACAAGACGCCUCCAGAGCUCCUGCAGCUUCAGUUCUAAGCUCUGUACAGUCACUUUUCCUUUAUUAUUAUGUCAUCAAUAUGCGGAUGACAUCAUCAUUUAUCCAGGUGCUUUUUCAACUCAGCAGGUUUGGGAUCUGUAGCUUUGGUUUUAGAUGAUUAUUAAAGCAUGGCAGUGUUUUUCAUCAAAGUCCAAACCUAGUCAGUUUAUUUACAGUGAAAAAGCACGUAGACCACGAAACAGGGGAUUUGAAACGCAGUAUUUCUCCAUUUGCUUUUUGCUUUCUUCUGUAUUUAAUUGUGUUUAUUCCUGUCUCAUAGCACGUGUAAGUGUUUCCUCAUUUUUUUUAGACAGCACUGUCAAGCUGAUUUUCAUGUUAGCAUGAUUCUGUUCAAUCAAUACAGCUGUACACUUAAAUCAU